AUCAAGUAGCGACUAGCGAGUAGCGAGCAGUUUCCCUGAGCGCCCCUUAGAGGUUGCUUGUGCUGCACUCUUGCGCAGAAGUGAUUAAAUAAUUUGAUUGAAGCGUAAACUUGCAAUCCGGAGAUAUUUUGACGAUUUGCGAUGCGGCUUCUAUGGAGCCUGGUGAUCCUUCAGGUGGUGUACAUCGGCACCUGUAUGGAACAGUUGGAUUUAUUGUAUGAGUGGAAACAGCUUGAUUACCAAUGGCCCAGUGAGGAGGCACGAAAUACUGCCUUGGCAUCAGGAGAAUUUAUACCUGGCAAUGGCAUGCCUAUGGGUAUAGAGAGACAUAGAGACAGGCUCUUCAUAACAGUACCCCGAUGGCGGAAUGGAGUACCAGCUAGCCUCACCUACAUCAACUUAAAUGAUAACUCAACGAAAUCACCGGCUUUGAUUCCUUACCCUAACUGGGCGGCGCACGACAUGAAUAAUGGGAAACCGACGAUAGUGUCGCCGUUCAGGGUGCGCGCUGACAAAUGCAACCGACUAUGGAUCCUCGACAAUGGAAAAAUUGGAAACCUUGAGAACGAUACCGUUAAAUACCCACCAGCUAUUCUCAUAUAUGACCUCCUAACUGACACUCUCCUCCGCAACUAUGUCUUUCCCGAUGAUCAGGUCAAAGAAGAAUCCGGUUUCGCCAAUAUCGCUGUCGAAGAUAUCGACUGCGAGGACACUUACGCGUAUGCCGGUGACUUGGGAAAACCAGGGAUAGUCGUAUACUCUUGGAAAAAGAACGAAUCCUGGAGGAUAACCCAUCACUACUUCCACCCGGACCCAUUGGCCUGCGAUUUCAGCGUUAAAGGGCACAACUUCAGCUGGACAGACGCUCUCUUUGGUUUAAGUCUCUCAGCGCCAAAUGCUGAUAACUACAGCACUCUAUACUUCCAUCCGAUGGCGAGUUACAAUGAGUUCGCCGUUUCUACGGAAUACCUCAGAAACCAGACAGUGGCAGAUGCUAACUUUAAUGCCUUCAAGCUGCUUGGAAGUAGGGGACCUAACGCCCAAUCCAGUGCGUCCUUCGUAGACCCAAAAACGGGAGUGUUGUUCUAUUCUCUUGUGAAUCUAAACGCAGUGGCGUGUUGGAGGACCACGAAUAAGGAGUACCUCAUGAAAAAUCAAGGAAGAAUUUAUAUGGACGACGAGAAAAUGAUAUACCCGACAGAUAUAAAGGUAGACUAUGAGGAGAACCUUUGGGUGUUAUCGAAUAGAAUGCCAAUAUGGAUGUAUGGAAAGUUGGACUCUAACGAUGUUAAUUUCAGAGUGUUCUCUGCACCAGUUUUAAGUGCGAUCAGUCAUACAGCAUGCGAUAUUACGCCCAGAUCAGACAUUUUAGAUAAGUUUGUUAAUAAGAUUAAGAAUGUGACGGUUAAUAUAGCCGCUAAAGUUAAACCUAAUUCAAGUGCGAUUUCGUCGCCUAUCUCUUUACUGACGCUCACUGUCAGUUUGUUGUGCUUUAUAACAGUUUAUUAAUUAAAUAAUCGUCAGCGAAACGGGAUAUUUUAUGUAAAUAAUUUGUUGGCAAAGACGCCAUUUGAAUAAGUGUUUGAUACGGUCUGUGAUUUAAAAUUUAGUGUAGGCGAUGAAUCGAUAAUUACUUUUUUAUUAUGAAGACUAAAUUGAACGUGACUGUUCCGCAUAUUAAUUAAGUUUAUGGAUUUAUAUAUCAAAUAGACACAAAACUUGUUUUUCUAAAACUUAAAAGAGGUUCUAUUGUACUCAAAUAUAUUUGACCAACGUUCUUUGCAAAGUAAAAAUAUGCGGUUGCUAACCCACUUACAUUACCACUGUCACCUAUAGAUGGCGUUGAAGCUAAGAAAAAACUAUAAUAAGUAUGUCAAAGAAAACAUGUUAAUUAUAUUAAUAUAAAUUGAUUUCAAGUGCUAGCGCAUUGAAGGCUAUGGAGUGCAAUAGACGAAGUAACAAAGUCCGAGCCAGUUAAAAUUGUUUAUAACGUUACCGUAUUAUUUAUUGUGAUUACGAAUUAUUUGCUAGUUAUUGUACUUAGUAUUUGCCCUUACCCGUGAUAUGUAAUUGUUGUUAACAUAGCGUAAGAUUAUGUAAUAAUCGUUUGUGACAUUCUCUGUAAAUAUGUGUUAAUUUAAGUUGACAUGCAAUAAAAAAUGAAAUUUUAAAUAUU